AUGGAGGUCACCGCUGGCCUUUCUGUACAUACAACAAUCCUGCUGCAGCGGAACCAGCAGCAGCAGCAGCAGCAGCAGGAGCAGGAGCAACACCACCAGCAGCAGAAGCAGCAGCAGCAGCACCAGCAGCAGCAGCAGCAGCAGGAGAACCAGCAGCAGCAGCAGAAGCAGCAGCAGCAGCAGCAGCAGCAGCAAACUGUGGUUUUGUGUGUCCUGAUCCUUGGGGUAAAGAGGAUCCGCAUGCAUGCGGUAUGCUUCCAGAUCCUUGCUGCUGCGGUGGAGCAGCAGCAUGCAGUACAAGAGAAGCAGCAGCAGCAGCAGCAGCAGCAGCAGCAGCAAGAGCUUUUGUUGGGGUUAACUGUAGAACAGCUGCUGCUGCUGCAGCAGCAGCACAAAGAAAUAGAAGCGGUGCUGCAACACAUGCAGCAGCAGCAAAAACAGAAACAAAAGGAGCAGCAGCUGAAGGAGCAGCAGCAGAAGGAACAGCAGGAGGAGCAGCUGCAGCAGCAGCAGAAGCAGCAGCAGCAGCAGCAGCAGCAGCAAGAGCAGCAACAAAAACAAAAGCAACAGGAACAGACGGAGACACAGCAGCAGCAACAGCAGCAGCAGAAACCACCGCAGCAGCAGCAGCAGCAGCAAAACCAGCAACAGCAGAAACAACAACAGCAGCAGCAGCAGCAGCAGCAGCAGCAGCAGCUAAUUCAAAGCCCCAGGGAUAACCCCCCACAACCCGCAGCACAACAAAACAACCAACAGCAUCAACAAAAUGCAGCAGCAGCAGCAGCAGCAGAAGCAGCAGCAGCAACAGCAGCAAAAACAGCAGGAGCAGCAGCAGGAGCAGCAGCAGGAAACGUUGCUGCUGCUCCUGAAGCUAAAACUGCACCAAAAGACCGAGAGAGGGGCGAACAGCAGUAG